AUGCCCUCCCCCAUGGAUACCGUUGGGUCCUCAAUUUCCUCCAAGGCAUCCAGAUCCUCCGAUGACGGUAACUUGUACAAUUGUCAUGUCGAUAUCAGCGGCGUAGAUGAAAGAAAGCUCUUGCGGAAGAUUGACAUUGCUCUGGUACCUUGGUUGUCGUUUUUGUAUUUGCUAAGUUUUUUGGAUCGUACGAGCAUCGGAAACGCCAAGCUCUAUCAUCUGGAAGCCGACUUGCAUAUUACGGACAGCCAAUAUCUGCUUGCAUUGACGGUCUUUUUCUUCAGCUAUUCGUUGUUUGAGGUCCCCUCAAAUGUGUUUCUAAAACGCCUGCGCCCAUCUCUCUGGUUGUCAUCUCUCAUGCUGCUUUGGGGUAUAAUGAUGACUGUUCAAGGCUUAGUGCACAACUACGGUGGCCUUUUGGGUAUGCGAUGGAUGUUGGGAAUGUUUGAAGCCUGCCUAUACCCAGGCGUCAAUUUCUAUCUGUCAUGCUGGUAUAAGCGAACCGAGUUUGGACUGCGGGCGGCCAUGUUCUUCUCCGCCGCUACAGUGUCUGGAGCAUUUGGAGGCUUACUAGCGGCUGCCAUAUCAAACAUGGAUGGAGUCGGCGGAAAACCCGCUUGGGCUUGGAUCUUCAUCCUCGAAGGUCUCCUCACGGUCGUUGCAGCACUCGCCUCAUAUUGGAUCAUCCAAGACUUUCCUGACACGGCCAAAUUUCUCUCCGAAGCAGAGCGGACCGUAGUUGUUCGGAGAUUACAAGCAGACAGCCAGUUCAGUGCGGCCGGCGAGAAAUUUAAGAUGAAAUACAUAAAGCAGAGUUUACUUGAUUGGAAGACUUGGAUCGGAAUGACGACUUUCGCCGGCAGUGCUAUGCCAUUGUACGCGUUCUCGUUGUUUUUACCCUCUAUUAUCAAUGAGCUGGGUAAGAAUAAUCGCUGGUCGUUCUGCAUAGAACAUUCAUUUUGUUUCUCUGAUUUUUUAGGUUAUACUGCUACACGGGCUAAUCUUCUGACUGUCCCUGUUUAUGUGUUUGCUUGCAUCGUAACAUGCAUCGUUGGCUUUUUCGGUGACAGAUGGGGCCGACGUGGUUAUCUUAAUAUCGUAUUCCUUUCCCUUGGCGCCGCCGGAUACAUCAUUCUCAUUGCAUCGCGAAAUGCUGCAUUGUCGUACUUCGCCGCGUAUCUUGCGACCUGUGGGAUUUUCCCUGUUGUUCCGAACACAGUCGCCUGGUUCUCUAAUAACAUCGAGGGGACCUAUAAGCGAGGCGUCACUCUGGGUAUGCUGAUCAGCUUUGGAAAUCUCAACGGCGCCGUUAGUUCAAACGUGUACCGUGCCAGUGAUAAGCCAUGGUAUACACUUGGACAUGGUAUGGUCCUCAUGUACAUUGGCCUUGGGAUAAUAUCGUCGAGUGUCUGCGUAUUUUUCUUAAACAGAGAGAAUAAGAAACGAGACAGGGGCGAGAGGGACGAAAUAAUUGGCGAGCUUACCAUGGUUGGGAACGAGAAAAAUGGUCGAUUUUCCACCCUCGCUGAUGCGAAAAUGGAGAAAGGCGAUAAAUGGAGUGGAUAUAGAUACACGUUAUGA